AUGUCGGACUACGAUCCAUUCGACCGCAACAUGCGAGUUUGUGUUCAGCGCAACGGCGAAAUCGACGACGUUCGCUACUGCAAUCUCAUGCUUCCUCGCAGCGGCCCAGAGUCUCCCGGGCCUCAUUCCGAUAUCAAGGGAUUGAUGUCAUGGCCGCGUAUAUGCGGCGUCUUGACCGACGAAGAGAUUGCUCACACGAUGCAGACGGAUUCAUCGUGGACGUCUAAACCCCGUGGAUGUCGAUUGCGCAUAACCUUCACAGAUGAAGAAUCUGAUGAUGACUCUGAUGACCCCACGAAUGUCGAAGAGAAUAAGGGAAGUUGGGAAUCGCGGAAAAUUCCUGGCAAAAAUAGGAAGAGGGCGGACCUGACCUCGGUCGAUCCAUGCGUGUGCCUUGACUCCAACGGCGUCGGUACCUCAUUUAUGCUGAGCUUGGGGCUACUGAUCAAAACGCCAUCUCCAGGCCGGGUAACACAGGUGGUGCUGGAAGAGAACACGAACAGAACCCUGGUGCAGCUGCCCCCGGCGUGGAAUUGCGACAGCUUCAUCAUCUUGGCUAAAGUCUUCAGUAUCAUUGCCAUCGCACUAGAGCGUGUGGAGUUCCUUGGCGCCCAUUCGGAGAUGGGAAAGGCUCUAGUAAAAGCGAGAUCAGAGAUUCAGGACGAGCUCUUGAACAUUCUGGAGGCCGAGAUUAACGACACCAACAAACUGCAGAUUGCGGCACCCGUCCUUCCGUUUCUGCCGCUUGAUAGGCUAUGCGGCGGUAGUCAGCCUCUAACGUUGGAUCGUUUGCAAGGGCUCGUCUCAAGGGUUGUACCAUACUAUGCCGUGGCCCCAAGGAGCGAGGUCCAUCGCGGGUCAUGCGGUUGUCUCCUACCCGGGGGACUAGCAGAAGCAGACAAAGGAGCGCGUAUAUCUGAGGUCAAGGUCACACCUCGGAGAUUUUACGACGCUUUGCGGAGCAGCGAGGCGCAUCUCAAAGAUAGGAUAGUGACCAGACCUGCGGAUGAGCCUGUAGAGAGCUACAUAGCACUCUCAUACCCUUGGAAGUCGUACGACUCUGGAGAAUUGGAAAGGAUCAUCGCGAAGGUCCACGAAGUAUUGAAGCAUCGGUACUACUGGGUCGACCGCUGGUGCAUAGACCAAGACAGCUAUGAGGACAAAGAAACCGAGGUGCCCAAGAUGAAGGACUACUACUCUAACGCCGAGCAUACACUGAUCCUUCCUGGCAUGCCAUUUCCACUUGAAAUGGCGCAGCUAGAGGCCGAGGGUCCCAGAGUCCGAAUCUACAGUCCAGAGCUAGUUCAGCAAGUCAAGCAGAUAUGGGAGAGCUGCGAGUGGAGAAAGCGCUGCUGGACAUUGCAAGAAGCCAUCAUGAGCAAGCAAUGCACCUUUUGGACAGGUCAAGAAUCGGCACCUCUGAUCGACUCUUCACAACUUGUGGGCAUUUUAUGCAGUUCACCGUUUGGUAAUAGCCAUAUAAACACGCUCCCGCACCUCGCUAUGGAAGUAGGCCAUACGGACAAGACAACCCUGGCCGCCAUGUCAGCGACGAUAGCAGACCCAACAGAGGAAUCUAUAUAUCAGAGGGCAAUAAUCAGGUGUUUGAGUCACGGUACCAUCCUUGACGCGAACGCCUGCAAGCGUCCCUUGGCAGUGCUUUUGGAUAAGAUUCGUGGGCGAGAAGCCACUCUGGAGUUGGAUGAGUACUACAGCCUGUUCUCCAUGGCAUCGGACAAGCUUCCGGCUGUAGAUUACAGGAUCGACCCUACGCAACUUGUGGAGAGGAUUAUUGGCACCGGCGCUCUCGGGGCAAAUAUCCUAUUAACCAGCACACGUCAAGACCCUGUCGCCAAUAGGAGUUGGUUGCCUAGCAUGUGCGCCCAGCGAGAAUAUUCGAUGAUUGGAGCAGGUAUAAACGCGGCACAUCCGCACAUCUCUGAAGGUGCAAUGGUCGUUGCUGCUUUUCCGGUCAGAAUGAAGAUUGCGGAUGAUGACAACAGCAAUUACUUUGCUGCGGGCACGGAGCUUUACACGGUGUAUUCAUACCCAACAGAGAAGCCCUUUGAUGUUGACAUGGAAUUCACCAUACGUCGCAGACUAAAGAAAGCAAGCCACUAUCUCUUCAUACAGCCGGUGAAGUGGGAUCGCUCAGUGUUCACCAGUGGUUUGAUACUUCUGGCCACUGAAGAAAAGCAACCAGGAGAGCAUAGUGUGAUAGAUGCUAGCAUCAUGGACAACAUGACACAGCAUACAUUUUUGCAAAACGACCAUUUCGGAUAUGGCCGAAUAACUCGUCUUCUCUAG